AAUAAACGGGAGGACUGCGGCGCACGAGGCGCGAUGACGCGGCGGCGCUCCAGAUACUCGUCCCCGGUUCUUCUGUUUACUUGUUAACGUCGUCGGGGGUGAAGUCGUGAGUUCAACAGGAGCCGUCGCUCGGUGUAGUUCGCUGAAGCAUAGCCAUGAUGAAAUCGGGCGCCACGAGGGUGGGGCUGCCCAAGCCGGGACUCCAGGAGCGGACGAAGCAAGUCUCCGUGGCUCCGUCUUCCUCCAGCACCACCUCCACAGCCAUGAAGACUUCCAGAUCCUCCAGCACGCUGGCCUCAGACCAGCGCCACAGCAGGCUGAAAAGAGCCAGCAGCGACGAUGCCUUAACAAAGCCUGCUCCCGGAGCCGCGGCCUCGGGCUCCCGGAUGAAGAAGACUGUGACCACUGGAGCCAUCUCCGAUCUCGCAGAGGCCCGCCCUCGCAGCCUGUCUGGUGUACAUGCAGCCAAGAAGUCUGGUAUCCCGGCUCCUCGAGAGAUCCCUGUAUCCAUAACGAGAGACCGCAUCUCUCUGAGGGACCAGCUUCGGAGCUCCACCACUAAGAAGAUGGUCUCGAGUGCCAGCACCUCCAGCCUUUCCACCCUGGCAAAGCCGACACGCAGUUCAACCAAGUCCCGGGGAGAUGCAGAGGGCCAGGAGAGGGGCCUUCUGGAGAGCCAGGUGAAAGAGCUGCUGGCUGAGGCGAAGUCCAAAGACUUGGAGAUCAGUAAUCUCAGGACGGAGUUGAAGUGUUGCAAAGGCAAAGCCUCCAACUCUGUUUCGUGGGAAAAGCCCGCUGAAGUUGGAGAGCAGGGACAGGCGGCGGAGGGCCUGGCACUGGUUGGGGAGCUGAGAGAGAAGAACGGGAAGUUUCAGAGAGAGCUGGCGGCACUUCGGGAGGAAAACCAGGCACUGAAGCAAAAGCUGCUCUGCUUGGAGGCCUCCCCUCUCUCCAGUACAAACUCAAGCAGCCCUUCCAAGCCUUUGGUGAAUGGCCUGCACUCAGAAUCCAACUCAACGCCGCAGGACAGUCUUCCGUGUGCUGCCAGACCUCUCAAACCCUCCGUCUCUUCCAGCUCUGACAUCACCAAGGACUCCCCAUCACCCGACUCCUCAGAGUUUGAGAAGAUCCCAUCUUGUUCAGAGUCUGUGUGCAGCGGUGUCAGUGAAGAAGUCGUUGCAGUAACCAAUGCGGGGGGGGCGCACGCGUCAGUGGAGAGCCUGAAGGAAAAGAUUAACAAGAUGGAGGAGAGCCACCACAGUAUGGCCGAGGAGCUGCAGGCGACUCUGCAGGAGCUGGCCGACCAGCAGCAAGUGGUGCAGGAGCUGACGGCUGAGAACGAGCGCCUGGCCGAGGAGAAGCGCCUCCUGCAGACCUCCCUUCAACAGCAGAGGGAGCGCCUGGAGAUGCUGGCCCAGAAGAACGAGGCGCUUGCUGGUCGACUGCAGGAGCAGGCGCAGGCUCAGGUCCAAAGGGACGAGGAGCUGGGAAGUCAAGGGCCUCGGCUGGCUGAGCUGGAGCAAAGGUAUGCCGAGCAGGUUGAGAGCUCGCGCUUCGAGCGGGAAAAGCUGGUGGACAUCCAGCAGCAGCUGACGGGCAGCUUACGGGCUCUGGAGGAGGAGAACCAGGAGGCCCAGGGCCAGGCGCGCUGCCUCAGAGAGGAGGUGGGCAGGCUGCAGGCCCAGCUGGACAAAGCGUUGGAGGCCGGAGGUCAGUCAGCAAAGGCUGCCAAGGAGCACAGAGCGGCAGCAGAUGGUCUCAGGCUGGAAAACGGCAGGCUGAAGGUGCAGGUGGACAUGGAGAGGCAAAAGGUUGGUGAGCUGAAGGCCAUGCAGAGCGCCAGUGACGGCACUGAGGUGCAGAAUUUGCUGAAAACUGCGCACGCUGAGAGAGACCGGCUGGAGGUGGAGCUGACGGAGCUCAGGCAGGAGCUGCUACAGGCCCAGGCCGACACUGAGCAAGUGCGCUCCACCAUGUCCAAGGUGGAGACCAAAUGCCAUCAGCUGCAGGAGCGGGCUGAGAUGAGGGAGCAGGAGCUCAGCAGCCGGGUGUCUUCGGUAGAGGAGGCCGGGAUCCAGGCUGAGAACCAGGUGAAGGAGCUGAAGGAGACCAUUUUUGAGCUGGAGGACCAGGUGGAGCAGCAGAGGGCCGUCAACUGCCACACCAACCAAGCCGUCCUGGACAUGGAGAAUCUCGUCAAAAAGCUGGAGGAGCAGAAAGGCGAAGCAGACCGACAACUGAAAGUCUUGAGCAGGCAGAUAAAGGACGAAAAAGAAGAGUGGCGUAGGUUCCAGGCAGACCUCCAGACGGCAGUGGUGGUGGCAAAUGACAUCAAGGUGGAGGCCCAGCAGGAGCUGCGUAUGCUCCGGAGGCAGCUGCAGGAGGAACAGGAUCGCAGUGCAAAGCUCUCUACGGACCUCGAAGCACUGCAGGGUGUCAGGUCCCACGGUAACGAGGUGAUGGUGUCCGACACCUACAGCCAGUGGAGCGGCACCUGCAUGACCCCGACCACACCCUCCGACGCCAGCGGAGAUGCCGACUCGGAGCCUGGAGCUACUGUCAAAUCCCUCAUUAAGUCCUUUGAUACUGUUGUCCAGAAUGGACCAGCCCUCACCGUUCAGAUGCAUUCCUCUCCCAGGAGCCCGCUGAGUGGGAUCCCUGUUCGCUCUGCGCCUGCUGCUGCGGUCUCUCCUGUCCAGAGACACACGAACAUAAAGCCACUCUCCAAGUCAUUAGAAAAAAGAAUCCACCACGGAGAAUUCCCUCUUCGUCACGAGAAGUUGUCGGGCUUCGGGGACAACCUGAAACCAAAUAGCCUGAUGAGGAAGAGCCCUUCUCUCGAGUCUGUAAUCAAACCCCUCGCCUCCCUCCGCAGCCGCACAGCAUCCUUCAGCUGCAACCGAGGCAACAGCAAACUCAGUGUGGAAAGAAAGGACCCCUUGGCUGCACUGGCGCGGGAGUACGGAGGAUCUAAGAGAAACGCUCUACUGAAGUGGUGCCAGAAGAAAACAGAGGGCUAUCCGGAUAUCGAUGUGACCAACUUCAGCAGCAGUUGGAGUGACGGCUUGGCGUUCUGUGCUCUCUUGCACACAUAUCUGCCUGCCCACAUCCCUUACCAAGAGCUCAUGAGUCGAGAUAAGGGCCGGAAUCUGACCCUUGCUUUCCAGGCGGCCGAGAGCAUCGGGAUCAAAACCCCUCUGGACAUGGAGGAGCUGAUAAAGACGGACAGGCCAGACUGGCAGAGCGUCAUGCUGUACGUCUCCCAGAUCUACAAGUAUUUUGAGACCUGAGCGAGGAGCCGGAGGCCGAGGAAUCGAGGUCACUGCAGCACUUUGAGGUGCGGCGUCGGUCAGUACUGCGAUGACCUUCCAGACGACCGAACGCUGCCACGUGAACACUUUUCCUGCUCACUGCUCCACUUCAGGGACAUAUGAACACUCUCUGUGUGUAGAGGUUCAAAAAGUCACAGAAACACUCAUGACAUUUCUUAACGGGACACUACGGUGAGGGCUGAGGCCCAAAUUGAUAAAGACUGCAGCAGGGAAACACGUUGACUUUUUACCAGCCGUAAAGUGGCCAUUGAGCAUCUGAUUCUCAAAGAAAUGAGAGCACACGAACACAUUAUGCUGAAAAAUACUUGUCGCGCCUUGUGGCAGUUGACGGAAUGACUUGAUUUUAUUUCUAAUCUCCCUCUAUUGACAAAAAUACAUACAGUAACAGUCAAAGGUUUGGACACAAGUUCUUAUUAAACCAAACUCCUAGAGUCCAAACUAGAGUCCAAACUUGUAGGCUGCUGUAGUGACUUUUGUCCAGAGAAAAGGUAUUUUUCCAGUAUUUUUCAACAUGUGCCAAAUGUUCCUCCAAUAAGCACCUCGCUGAAGAGCGUUUGCAUGGCGAAAGGUGCACCGUAACCUCCAGUCACUUUCCCUGAGCAACAUGCAAAAAACAGUUGGGUUCCAUUUGCUGAAAUGUCGCUUUAAAUAAUUAGUCUCAUUUCUCAUACUGAGUGAUUGUUGUGAGCUACAGUGUUUGGAGCUGUACUUUGCAGAGUAUUUUGAGCUGAAGGGUUUGAGUAGAACUGAAUUUAUAUUUUUCACCUUUAAUUGUGUGCAUUAAUAAGAAUAGAAACUAAGCAGAUCUGAGAUGUCAUCUUGUGGAACUUACAUACGAUUCAAGGACAGGCAGAAUCAACCUGUUUUCUUCACAUUUUCAAUGAAAACUGUCUAAAUAAUGGUACUAUAGCUACUUUGCAAAAUAUUUGGCAUUGUCAUGUUUAAUUAUGAAGGAGAUGACUGAUCACAUGUCAGGAAAGAGACACACGUUCUAUGUGAUGAUUUAGACUGGCCUCUAUUUGCAAAUGCCCUUGUGUUUGGGAAGAUAAACGUGGUGUUUAUUUAUUACAAUAAUUUCACCCUGAAAAUGAACCGUGUGCAGUUUUCUAUGUGCGGCUUUCAGAUUUGAAGGCCUAGUGGAUGGACAAUAAAAGCUGGUCAAGUUUUAUAUUCAA